UGAGGCGCUGGCGGCCACGCUGCGGCCGGGGCGCCAUGGACGAGGCCGUGGGCGACCUGAAGCAGGCGUUGCCCUGCGUGGCCGAAGCGCCCACGGUCCACGUGGAGGUGCACCAGCGCGGCGGCAGCACCGCGAAGAGAGAAGACAUAAAGCUGGGCGUCCGGAAGCUGCUCGGCAGACACAGCGUCGUGUUCGGGGACUACCAGUGGACUGAGUUCGAUGAUCCUUUUCUGAGCAGGAAUGUGCAGUCUGUGUCCAUCGUUGACACGGAAUUGAAGGUUAAAGACCCGCAGCCCAUUGAUUUGAGCGCGUGCACUGUUGCACUUCACGUCUUCCAGCUGAAUGAAGAUGGCCCCAGCAGUGAAAACGUGGAAGAAGAGACAGAAAACAUAGUUGCAGCCAGUCACUGGGUCCUGCCCGCAGCUGAAUUCCACGGACUCUGGGACAGCCUGGUGUACGAUGUGGAAGUGAAGUCACACCUCCUUGAUUACGUGAUGACAACCUUACUGUUCUCAGACAAGAACGUGGACAGCAACCUCAUCACCUGGAACCGCGUGGUGCUGCUGCACGGUCCUCCGGGAACUGGGAAAACAUCGCUGUGCAAAGCGUUGGCCCAGAAACUGACCAUUAGACUGUCAAGCAGGUACCGGUAUGGUCAAUUAAUUGAAAUAAACAGCCACAGUCUGUUUUCCAAGUGGUUUUCUGAAAGCGGCAAGCUGGUAACCAGGAUGUUCCAGAAGAUUCAAGAUUUGAUUGAUGACAAAGAAGCGCUGGUGUUUGUGCUGAUUGAUGAGGUGGAGAGUCUCACGGCCGCCCGCAGUGCCUGCAGGGCAGGCACCGAGCCCUCGGACGCCAUCCGCGUGGUCAACGCCGUCUUGACCCAGAUUGACCAGAUUAAAAGGCAUUCCAAUGUGGUGAUCCUGACCACUUCCAACAUCACUGAGAAGAUUGACGUGGCCUUCGUGGACAGAGCUGAUCUCAAGCAGUACAUCGGGCCCCCCUCGGCAGCAGCCAUCUUUAAAAUCUACCUCUCUUGCUUGGAAGAACUCAUGAAGUGUCAGAUCAUAUACCCGCGCCAGCAGCUGCUGACCCUGCGUGAGCUGGAGAUGAUCGGCUUCAUUGAAAACAACGUGUCAAAACUCAGCCUCCUUUUGAGUGAAAUUUCAAGGAAGAGCGAGGGCCUCAGCGGCCGGGUCCUGAGGAAGCUCCCUUUCCUGGCUCACGCGCUGUACGUGCAGGCCCCCACCGUCACCAUAGAGGGCUUCCUGCAGGCGCUGUCGCUGGCAGUGGACAAGCAGUUUGAAGAGAGGAAGAAGCUCUCAGCUGAUGUUUGACCCGGGUCCCAGCAGUGGCGUUCAUGGAGCACCACCUGUCGGGACAUGGCCUCACGGCAGCUGCCACUCACCAUCCCUGGAAACCACCUAGGCCUGCAGGCCAGCCCCCGACGAGGCCGGGCUUCCCUGGAAGAGGUGUGCGACCUUUGCGCUAUUUCCUGAUGCACGCCAGAAGACUACCAACUUGUCACUGCCGCUCUAAAGCUCAUCCCGAUUCUGUAAAGAAACCACCACGAGGUCCGCCCAUCCUGCCUGCAGCCGGCCAGACACGUCACACUACCAGGGUUGGCCUUUGUUUAAAGAGGAAGCUGAGGACGGGCGCUAUGGAAACAAAAGAAAUAUGCUGUUGCCUUCAGUAAGCCUGAAGCCAUAGCGUUUCUCAAGCCAGAACCCAGAGUUGCUUCCUGGUGGGAAGCCUGUUCCCAGGCUGCGGGACUUGAGGCAGAGGUCCCGGCGACGUGUCCUUUGUAACCAUCAGACGCGUGCUGUCUGCGGGGAGCACCGCCUCCCGUGGAGGCGCCUGCGUGCCGGUCGUCCCUCGGGACCGCUGCCAGCUCCCGUCACUGCCUGGACGUUUCUGCCCAUCUUCUCUGUUCUGGUGUUUUUCAUGCUUCAGAGAAGUUUCACAUCAGCAGAGCAUAAAAUAAAUGGGUCGGUUAUUGAUGUGUCACAAAAUACCAUGUUUUGCUUUUAUCUCAUGCUAAAAUAAAUUUAUAAUAAUGUUUUGUAC